GUAUUGAUGUAUUAGAUACUGUGCAUGGUUUGUUUUCGUUACUUCAUUGCUUUUAUUGUCUUCAAUCUCAUCGGUCGCUCUAUCGUUCUGCAUCUCAUCUCACAAUCAUGCCUGCCCACGAUGCAUUCUACACACUUCCUGAUUCUCUUAUUUCUUUCAUACUAUCAAAAAUGCCAAUAAGAGACGCUGUCAAAUCUUCUAUUCUUUCCAAGAGGUGGAGGUUUCUCUACACUCAAAUGCCUGAACUCACUUUAGCUCCACAUCUUAUUUUGGGCUCUGCUUCAACUUCCCUCAAUCCGCUCUUCAUGUCAAGGGUUGAGACUAUUGUUUCUAACAUCUUGCUUCUGCACACGCGCAAUCUGAAGGGAUUUCACCUCCACAGCACUUGGUUAGACUCCAACGAAUGGCUGCACUUCUCUCGUGAAAAUGUGUGCAGAUGGGUAAGGUAUGUAUCUACCAGCAAUCUCCAACAUCUCACUCUGUAUGAUCGCACAACUUUUCCAGAAUGUUUACAUGUAAUACCACCCCCUGCACUUUUUUCAUGUUCGGAUCUGGUAACACUAAAACUGCACGACUACGUCCUUACCAGCUUCCCAAUCAAUUUCAAUGGAUUCCCCCACCUGGUUACUUGUCACCUCCGAUAUGUUCAAAUGACAGAUGAAUCUUUAGUCUCCUUGAUUUCCCUCUGUCCCUGUCUGCAAAACCUUCAAAUAGUAGGAUAUGUUCGGCUACGUAAUGCCGUAAUCUUUUCACCCACUAUUGAACAUUUGAGUAUGGGUUGGGUGAAGUCUCUAUCUGUUAACUGCCCCAAACUUAGAACUCUGUCGGGGGAAUGGAUUGAGGAUUUGAGUGUGAAUGGAGUACGGUUUUAUGAGCUUUGUUAUGACGCCUUUCAUCUUCAAAUGGAUUGUGGAGGCACUCCGAGUGAAUUGAAAAUUAGUUGCUCACCUGGACUCAAAGGCAACUUUGGACAUAUUCUUGGAGUUGUUUCAGCAAGUAGAUUUCUUCACAUUGUGGGCAACUUCCAGUCCCUGAAGAAACUUGUCAUAUACCUGGGGAAUCCCUUUAAAAGGGAAGCAGAUAUGGGUGCUCCUCUGUUGGACUUAUUUCGCAGGCUUCCAAAUCUUCAGACACUCUUUAUGUUGGGCUUCUUUGUUCAGGAGUUGGCAAGAGAUCAUAUACCUGUUUGCCUCACCUCUCCACAUGUUAACCUCAAGAAAAUACGCGUACAAAUUCGUGAGUUUGACUACAAAGAAGUUGCAGUAAUAAGUUGCUUGCUUCAGAGCGUGCCCUCUCUUGAAGCAUUGGAAAUUAAGCUACCUCAUGAAUAUGAUGAGAGUCAAUGUUCGAAAUUUUUUAAAGAUAUUGCGUACUUGAGGAGAGCAUCCUUAUUAGCAAGGAUAAUUGUACUGGAUAAGUGCCCCAAGUAAUAGGCUGAAAAAAUAUGGCCUUUGAACUCAUAACUGUUAC